AUGCCGCCAUCAUCUCAUGCUAUUUCUGCUGGCGGUUUCGAUGCUGGCAGCACGAGUGUCGAGGAAGGCAUUGCAGGCUUGAACGACGAAACGACGCCUCUCAUCAUGAAUGCGUCAAACGUCUCGGACCCCGACAAGCGCGGCGUUGACGUGCACAGCGGAGUGGAGGAGCCUUAUCGGCAUCAUGGCAUCGCCUCAAGUUCUGCGUCGGAAGAAGGCGACUUUUUGACUGUGAACGAGCAGCAGGACCUUUCUCGAGGACUUAAGCAACGACAUAUCGGUUUGAUCGCGAUUGCUGGAGCAAUCGGUACUGGAUUGUUCCUGGGACUCGGAGGCGCCAUUCAGACAGGCGGACCGCUUGGUGCCUUGCUUGGAUAUAUCACGGUUGGCCUGAUUGUCUGCUGCGUACAGUUCGCUUUGGGCGAAGUUAGCGCUCUGCUACCUGUCACCGGUAGCUUUGUGCGGCAUGCCGAGUUCCUGACCGAUCCUGCACUUGGAUUUGCUAUCGGGUGGAAUAUUGUCUAUGGCAACUGCUUGAGCAUUCCCGCUGAGAUCACAGCUAUUACCGUGCUCUUCCAGUACUGGACGGAUAUCAACUCGGCGCUUUGGAUCAUGAUCUUCAUUGCUCUCACUUUCGCGAUUGGAAUCAGUAUGAUCAAGAUUUACGGAGAAGUUGAGUUCUGGUUCGCGGUGCUGAAGAUCCUCUUCAUCAUCUUUCUCAUUAUCCUCGGGCUUGUCAUCGAUCUCGGAGGUGUUUCCGGAACGCCGCGCGUGGGAUUCCGCUAUUGGAAGGAUCCAGGACCAUUUGUCGAAUAUAUCGCAAGCGGAGCAUGGGGCAACUUCCUUGGGUAUUGGGCUGUCAUGUCCAGCGCAGUCUUCUCUUUUGCCGGAGUCGAGUCCAUCGCGAUGGCGGCGGCGGAGACAAAGAACCCACGUAUUGCGAUUCCUAAGGCCGUUAAACGAGUGUUUGCCCGUGUCACGGUCUUCUACAUUUUGGCGGUGCUAGUGGUCGGCAUGCUUGUCUCUUCAGACGACGAACGGCUCAACGACGCCUACGGCACAGCAGCACAGAGCCCAUUUGUCAUCGCAGCAAGCGCAGCCGGUCUCAAAGGCGUUCCAUCUGUGGUCAACGCCAUCGUUAUAACAUCAGCCUGGUCGGCGCAAAACCAAGCACUUCUAUCUGGCACGAGAGUGCUCUACGGUCUUGCUCUCAAGCGACAAGCACCAAAGAUAUUCUUGCGGACGACCAGCUGGGGAGUGCCGUACAUGUGCGUGCUUUUGCUGACGGCAUUCAUGUUCUUGAGCUUCAUGAGCUUGUCUGAGGGUGCGUUGACGGUGUUCUGGUGGUUCGUGGAUCUGACUGCUUGUGGUGUUCUGAUCUCGUGGAUCACGAUUCUUCUCAACCAUUGGCGUUUGAUUAUGGCUAUGAAGAAACAGGGCAUACCGCUGAGCAGAUUGCCUUGGCACAAUCGAUGGACCGAGUGGGCAUCGCCAGCAGCCUUGGUGCUCUGCGUCGUGAUCUUAUUAACGGCCGGCUUCCCUACCUUUACUCGUGGGAACUGGAGCACAGCUGGCUUCAUCUCAUCAUACCUUGACAUACCACUUGUGCUGACCGCUUUCCUGUUAUGGAAGGUCAUCAAGCGCACCAAAUACCAGAGGCUGGCAGAAAUUCCUCUCGAAGAGGCAUUGCAAAGAGCAGCGGAAGACCCAGGGUUCGAAGAGAAAGUCCCUGGCUGGAGGAAAUAUGCUGGAUUUCUGUGGGACUAG